AUGGAAGUAGAGCUUGAUGUGGAGGAGCCGCAGGAGAACUGGCGGCUGGUGGUUGCCGACUGGGACGAGCCCUUCAGCCCGGCCGACUGGGAGCGGCACGCGGGGUGGUGGCGGCACUGCCCCGAGCCCCGCAUCUGCCUGCGCGUCUUCCGCAUGCUUUCCAUCAUCGAGGCAUGGUCGCUGUUUGUCAGCCUGGUUGUGGCCCUGUAUGCCACCUACCUGCAGCCCAAGCCGGGGUGGCCGGUGGCUGUGAGCGGCGACUACAUGAUUGUCUUCCAGCUCACCUCCUUUGCCGUGGCCCUGCUGCUGGUGUUUCGCACCAACACCGCGCACAGCCGGUGGUGGGAGGCCCGGCAGGCCUUUGGGCGCUGGCUCAACUGCGUUCGCAAUGCGCAGCGCAUGCUCCUCAGCUGGGCGGACCCCUCGGAGGCGCCUGUGGUGCACGAGUUUGCGCGCUGGAACGCCGCGCUGGCCACCUCCGCCUGCGCCUACCUGCGCCGCAAGGACUGCUACUGGCAGCACAUGGAGGGCCUGCUGCAGCCGGCAGAGCUGGCCUGGCUGAUGCGGUGCGACAACGCGCCGGUCAAGGUGCUGAUGAUCAUGUCAGGGCUGCUGAAGAGGACGGGCCUGUUGGUGUGGGAGCGGGCGGAGAUCGAGCGGCAGCUGUCCGACUUUGACAUCGCGCUGGGCGCUCUGGAGCGCAUCUCGCGGCAGGCCGUCCCCAAAGCCUACACGCGCCACACGUCCCGCUUUAUCAUCUGCUACAUCACUUUUUUACCCUUUGCCCUCUGGUCGUACCUGGAGUGGCUGCUGCUGCCCACCAUGGUGGUGCUCACUUUCCUGCUGCUGGGCAUUGAGAACAUCGGCAUCCAGAUCGAGAACCCGGUACGGGUGCUGCCGCUGCACAGCUUCUGCCUGGGCAUGAAGACGGCGGCGCUCAGCAUGGUGCGGCACCAGCCAGACGUGCAGCGCGCCAUAGACACCGGCCUCGUGGCAGCCUCCGCGCGGCACCAGCACCGCCUGCUGCAGAAGCUGAGCGGCGAGCCGGCCUCACCACUGGCCGAGCAGCCGGCGCAGCAGCAACAGCAGCAGCAGCAGCUGCAGCCAAACGGGCACCACGCCGCCGGGGGGCAGCCGGCUGCCGUGGCGCCGGCGACGGCCGGCGUGCAGCCCAUGCCAGGCAUGUCGCGGUAG